AUGAAGCUGGCUAAACCCCACAGAGAGAGGGUAAACAUCAGCGGCAGUAGCACCAUCACAGGUCUCCUGAUCACAGCCCAAGGUAAAGUCGAUUAUGAUGCUACAUACACAAGCCUUCACGGGGCGUCAGAUGAGUUCUACCAGACUGUGCGACAUCAGGCUGGUGCUUACAACAGCGGGGAGGCGACAGAUACAGAUACAGCCAUCACUAUGGUGACCGCCCAGCUGAAACAGGAAAUAGACAAAAGAAAGAGAGAUCAAAUGACACUCGUGAAAACCACUGGAAAAGGGCCAGACAUCACUCCAGUGUGCACCAGUCAGAACUUGGCUUUGGUUUUAGUGAAAUGUUGGAUCAGCACAGAGAGACACACAGGGGAAACCUGCUGCCAGCUAUACAGAGAGCAGCCGUUAAAGUGUGGCUGUGACUCCAGGUUCACACUGAUAGACGUGAAUCAUACUGUAUUUCUCCACCUGACCAGUUUAACAGCAGCAGACAGUGGCAACUACACCUGUGAAUGCUCAUAUGAAAGAGAAACUCAGGUUUUGAGUCUUAAUAUCACAGUGGAAUUAGAGGACGACGCGUUUUCUGGCAUGAAGUUCAUGGCAACAGUCAUCAUCAUCUCUGCUGUUGCUACGCUCAUCAUUGUGGCUGGGAUAACGUGUUGUGUCACCCUGAGGAGAAAUCCUCCCAGAGAAAACCAAUCAGGACCAUCUAACUUAACCAGAUCUGAAACUCUGCAGACUUUGGAUGAAGUGGACCCCUACAUGAGCCUUCAACACCCGACCACUGAUGUCUACCAAACUAUCACGUCAGGUCGCCCCCAGCAAGAUGCUAACUCCAGUCCAGCUACCUGUGAUGUCACAGUGAUCUUUUCAGGAGCAACGUGUGAAAACCAUUAGUAAAGAAGCAGAUGUCACUCCACUGUGCACCAAUGAAACAACAAAAGUUAUCCUGCUGAUAGUGUGUAAGAUUCACACAGAGAGGAGCAGAGGAGAAAACUGUAGUCUGAUGUAUCGACAUGGACACGACUUUGAGCAUGAAUGUGACUCCAGGUUCACACUGAUGACAGAAAAUCAGACUGUGUUUCUCCACCUGACAAAUUUAACAGCAGAGGACAGCGGGAACUACACCUGUGAGUGUGUACGGACUGGAGGAUCAAAUAAGCUUCAUCUCAGUGUAACUGUGGAAGCAUUUUUAAAUAAUGUAGACGGAGUCAAUACCACCACAAACAGUUCUGCAGAAGUAACUUUCUUCUAUGCUGCAACUGGAUCAGCUGUAUUCAUCAUCACAUCUGGAGUCAUUCUUGGACUGGUCUACAGCAAAAAAAAAAACAGCAGAAAACAUCAGGCACUAAUAACCAGUCAUGGAAACGACAAACUGUACACGGAAGCAGAAUACCGAGCCACACAGUGUCUUCAUGCAAACGAAGAAUGGCCUUUAAUUACAAUGACUUCUAAAAUCAACACACUUACUAUUUAUGUAAAUGUUUGAAGAGACAUGAUUAGGGAACAUUAAUAUCGUUGUUAUUAUUAUUAUUAUUAUUAUUGUUGUUGUUGUUAUUAAAGUAUUGCAUUUAAAGAGAUUUAUUUUUAAU